GCAAUCCGGGGACUCGUUCCAGCCGAUGACCGUCUCGAACGAAGGUUUGAAGCCACUCCACCACCUACUGGACAGCACUGUGGUCAGUCUGAUCUCCGAGCCUGCGGCAUCUGAGCAUCGGUCGCCAUCUCGGCUUCCUAGCCUCGUUAAGCUCUUCGCCCGAAAUGUCAUCCACCUCCGGAAAGAAUUCCUCUCGGAGCUUUUUGUAUUUCACAAGCGCUGCUUCUCUCCUAUGUGCAUCUACUGUAUUGCUUCUGCAUCUGCCAGCGCCACCUGCUCCUUAGCGGUCAUGCUUGGUGACUUGGAAGUGGAGAAGGGUGGUGGGCACAUUUCAGAGUUCGAACUCGACUCAUGUGCUCUAAUCUUUGCAGUAAGUUCUUGAAUUGGAUUACUCGGUGCCUGCUGCCUGACCUGCCCAUGUGUUCCGUCCAAGCCCUGUGCAGAUGCUUC